AUGAUGAUAUAGAGAAAAUAAGAAAAAAUUUAGAGGAUUAAGUUAAUGAUUUUAACCAAAAAUUAUUUUAGUAGUUAUUUUCCCUUGAGUAUAUAAAUGAUAUCUCUAUAUAUCAAUUCUUCAGAUAUUAAAGGAAUAAAAAGAUAGUUCUCUAAUUUGAAAGAAACUGAAUUGUAAGUUAUAUAUAUAAAAGAAAUUGAAAUGAUAUAUUUACAAGAUGGAGAAUUACUUAGAUGGUAUUUGAAAAUAUUUAUAAUUGAAGCGAUGAGAUAUAAGAUUUUUAUGAUAAACCUUAGAUAAUGAAAGACUUAUAAUAGAUUAAGCAGCUAAAUUGGCAUGGUUAAUAUAAUUUGAAUUCAUAAAAGGAAGGCAAAUGGUAUCCAACUUGGAAGGGAGAAAAAUUAGAUGCUGGAGGGGAUUAUUUAUAAAAUGGAUUAAAGAAUGGUGAAUGGAAAAAGUUAAGCUAAAAUCUCUGGGAGUAAUUUGAUAUUUUAUGUUUUAGCAAAGCUUAAGUAUUUGAAAAGGGGAAGUAUGAAAAUAAUAAAAAAUGUGGCAUUUGGUAUAUUAUCCACAAUAAUUAAUUACUGAAUUAUAAUUUAACAAUCAUUAAUAGGUGA